AUGUCCAUUUUAUUACAAUCUCUCUUAGAUCAGCCCAACUUUUUGGCACCUUUCAGAGUUUUCGACUCAGAAAUAUCCAACAACACCACAUACAUGGACUGGAAGGAGACUUCAGAUGCUCACACCUUUGAAAUAGAUCUUCCAGGCCUUGCAAAAGAGGACGUGAAGCUUGAGCUGCAAGAAAACAAAGCGCUUCGUGUUACUGCAAAGAGAAAACUGGAGCCUGAAACGGAAAACCCCAAGCAUGAGACGUGGCACUGUAAGGAAAGGACAAGUGGAAGCUUCUCGAGGAAUUUUAGGUUGCCUGACAAAGCCAAGGUCGAUGAGAUUAAGGCUUCAAUGCGUGACGGGGUGUUGGUAAUUACAGUGCCUAAGGAGGAGGAAUUGAAUAAAAAACACAAACAUGAGAAGGUUGAGAUCUCUGGGGAUGAUGAAGGACAUGGUUGUAUUCUGCAAAGCUUAAUUAGAAAACUUAAUACGUAA